GUACUAUAUUCCGGCCACCUGUUGGGCGAUGUGUAAACCGGGACAACAGUCCAGGAGGGAUCAUGUUGCUUUGAUAAAGAGCUGGAUGCCCUCGCAAGUUCAAGGUAUUUCAGAAGUGAGCUACAGUAGAAGAUGGAGCUUGUUACCAAAACCUCGCCCUGCUUUCUGAUGCUGUACUGGGUCACUCCAGCGCUCUCCUAUCCGACCGGAGCCCCUGUGAACGCUUGUGUUUCGAUGACACCAAACCACAACACGAGCGCUUCAGACACGGAUUCUCCCUAUACCGUUAAUAUCACUGAGGCUGCCUACAAACAUGGACAAAUGAUAAAAGUGAAAAUUAUGUCAUCGGAACCAUACAGGGGAAUUUUUUUGCAAGCGAGGCAUUACAAUUCUUCCACCAUCGCUGGGAGCUGGAAAGACUUACCUGCAAAUAUCCAAACGAUAAAUUGUGGAUCUGGAACCAGUAAUGCAGUGACGCAUACCUCCAGAACUGAAAAACCUCUUGGAUUAGUUUAUACCUGGAUAGCUCCGUCCUCUAAUGGUCCUGAAAAAAUUGUAUUCCAGGCUACCGUUGUGAAGAACAAGACAAUAUUCUGGACAAACAUCAGAUCUUCGGAGCUGCAGUUAGACACCAGUGGAGCAGCCUCAGGCCUGAAAAUGAGUGUCUCAACUCUAAUGUUGCUGUUGGUGCUGGUUGUCAUCAACUCUGUUUGAGUCCACUUUGCUGUUCUUUGAUAUUCGGAAUAAUGUUUUGAAAGACCCUUGUCUGUAAACUCCCUGCUCAGUGCUGGGGAAUUACUGUACCCUGAAUAUACAAAUCAUUUUACACAUUUAAUUUCAUAUUUUAAAGAUUGUGUAGUUUUGAUACAUUUAAUUACUCUAGUCUAAACUAUAACUUGAUACUGUGAGUUCUUAUUAAGUAGUACUGUAUAUGAGUAACUUUGACUUUAUUUGCCUGUGAAUGUCUCUGUGAAAUAGACUCUUUCAUGCUGUGCUUCCCUAAGAACAAGUGUUUUGGCAGUCAUAUGGUAAUGUGCAAUAACUUGUAUUUAUCAGCUUCUUUUACCAAUAAACACCAUUGAUGCUUGCCAUUCACAAAACACAAUUUUUUUAAAAAAUGAAAACAUUUUAAGUACUUGUUUAGCAGCCUUUAGGUUAAUUUGUCAAAUGACUCUAUUAAGUCACAGAAUUUUGUAGAAUACAUUUGAUUUAUUUCAAUUCACACAAGUGUUUCAUCACAGCUAGCUGGGUGUCUGGAGAAAAAAAAUGAAUGAAUGUGAUUAGAUGUGUUUAAUAUAUUCCACUGUUCUGUGUUAUUGUAUUCAUUUUCUUCCACCCACUGCAUGUAACACAUUUUAACUGGUUAUGUUACAAUACUUCAGGUAUCACUGUGUGUAUUCUCUUUUUAUUUUACACACCAAGGUAAUUUUUUUCUUGCCUGUUUUUUUUGUUUUGAGUUGCAAAUUAAGUACUUCUUCACACAUAAUAGCACAAACUGGGAGAAAGGGACAGUUUAAUUAAUUUACAUGUGCACAGUUUGUCAACAGUUUAAGAAGACUGGAAAAUAGCUUACUUUACUGUAUGUGCAUAUAAAGAGCUGAUUUCUGUGAAAAAUACUUCUUUUUGAAUAAUAUUCAUACACAGUUAAGAAAGCAUAUUUGUGUUACAGAAUUUGUGAUGAGUUCCCAUUGAAUCUUUCUUUGUUAUUGUCUUCGUGGGCAAACUCAGAUUUUAUCCCUACAUUCUUGUAGUACAUGUCCAUACAGACACACAUAGACAUGCCUUAAGAUUUAGAAGAAGCCAUUUGGUUGAUAUAAAGUAAUUUACAAUAUACGGUACUAAUAAAAAGUUUGAGUACACCUACUUGAAACCAGGUUUUUCAUGAUUAUCUGUGCUUUAAACUGAAUAAACAUGUCUGUAAACACUUAAUUUUUAAUUAUAUUAUAUGUGUACUUAUA